AUGCUCAGCCGAGAAGAAGCAAUGGAGUUUGAUCGCCAUAAAGUUAUACCGUCGUGGCACAAAGAGUUUAUUGAGGAAAGAUCAUUCGAUCCGACUUAUUGGCCUUCCAUGGCAACGCUCAACUAUCGAAGCUCAGAAAGGAGAUCUGUAGAUCAGAGAGCAACCGCGAGGUUCCAGAGGGAAAAUGAAGCCCUCCGUUCAGCAGCUCGAACGGUUGAUUCGCCAUUCACCGCUGAAAUUCUAAAGGCUCCGAAUCCGAGGAAAUUUUCCAUUCCCGUUUUCAUUCUGUUCGAUGGGACGACCGAUCCGAUUGAUCAUGUAUAUCACAUCGAGUUGAAAAUGGCUCUGAAGACUGAGAAUUAUUCCUUGAUGUGCAAGUGCUUCCCUACAAGUCUAGCUGGACCAACGCUUAAUUGGUUAAAGAACCUGCCGAGGGGCUCAGUGGAUAGUUUCCGAAGCUUGUGUGACCGGUUCAUAAGCCAAUAUUAUGGAAAUAAACGUCCAGAAAAGGACAUUUCGAGCCUAUUCACAAUGAAGCAGCAUGAGGACGAGCGUCUCCAAGGUUUCCUUACCAGGUUUAACCUUACUAAGAACAUGGUUAUUGAAUGUCAUCCUUCUACGGCGGUUCAAGCGUUUAUAUUGGCCAUGACUCAUGGCAUUCCAUUCCACACAAGCUUGGUAGUGAAUACACCGAAGACUAUGGAUGAACUUAAUGAAAGAGCUGAUGGAUUUGUGCGCUUGGAAGAAGAAAAGGCAGCUAACGCUCGGAAGACAUCCAUCAUAUCAACUGAAGAGAAAACCAAAGCAAAAAUCAGACAAAAGCAGGUUCAGCCACAGCGUCAGACCUCGUGGAUAUCUGAGAAGAGGCCCAGGGAGGAAAAGCUGGUUACUCCAUUGAAAGUCACCUUAGCAAGGUUGUACCAAGAAAACAAAGAUAAGUUCCGAUCUCCUUCACCAAUCAGACAACCCCUCGAGCAGAGGGAUCAGUCUAAGCAUUGUGCAUUCCAUUCUGACUUUGGCCAUCAAACUAAUGAAUGCAGAACUUAA